AUGCUUUUCACCAAGACCCUCAUGAUGACCCUUAGCCUUUUGGCCACCGGUGCCAUUGCCCAGGAGAAUAGCGCCAACCAGGACUACCGCCAGUCUGGAAAUGCCGGAAACGGCGUCCAGGGCAAUGGGAAUGGAGUUCAGGGUAAUGGAGCCCAGGGAACCAAUGUGUGGAUCAAGUUUGACAUCAAGCACGGCCGCGACAAGAGCGCCAACUACCAGACCGGCAACUGCUACAACAUCGGCGACAAGCACACCAUUCAGGGAUACGAGAUCAAGUCGGACCGCCGAGUUCACGUCACCACCUGGUCGCGCUUCUACUCCGAGGGUGCUGAGAACACCCCCAACUGGGACGGACCUACGGACGGCAAGCACAAGAUCAACCCUACCCAGGAGGUUGCGUCCAUCUGCAUCGACCAAGCCUGA